AUGCCAGAACCUUUUGAGAUUCUCCGCAUCUCAGAAAUUCUCGCAGUUAUCCUUGAUGGAUUACAAGACGACAGGAAGUCGUUGUACCAUAUGUCUUGCUGUUGUCGUGCAUUUACAGAUCCUGCCCUCGAUAUCCUCUGGAGAUCUAUGCACUCCUUUGCACCAUUCACAUUGUUGAUUCCACAAAGCGCGUCAUUUGUGAAUGACGCCCGGACGAGUGACCGCGAUCUCCUGAAGUAUCGCUGCAAUCCAUUGGACGACUGGAAAACGUUUGACAAAUACGCUGCACGAGUCUGGAGUUUGCGCAUAGGAGAACACAAUAAUGAUAGCGCAGAUCUCAUAAAAAAUCGGGAUUGCUAUACACGCCUCACAGUCAUUCGCGGACAGGAAGAGUUUCAUCCUUUCCCAAAAUUACGAAGUCUGGACUAUGUUCUCUCUGGGCCAAUUUCUCCGCAAGCGAAGCCAUUUCCCCCCUCCCUGCGAUCUCUUACCCUCGUAUGUCACAAUACACUUGAUUGUGACCCCAUUGAAUUGGCACUUGACCGCGCUGUUACUGAGGCGCCGCAUCUGAAGGAACUGCGCAUUAUCGGUCUGAUGCGGACAAUGAGAACGCUGCACUUAACACCCCAACUUCAAUUUGGGCAGAUCGGGAGCGUCGAUCUAAGCAAAGCCUAUAUUCGUGCCCCCGAGCUCGCAGCUCUUUGCACGCUGUUGUCCCAGGCACCUGUUUCAGACCUCAAAAUCCACCUCCAAGAUCGCUUGAACAUGAAUUGGCAAGCCAUUCCUCCACUGUUCCCUGCAUUGAAGCAGUUGGAUGUUCGGGGAUCAAUGUUUUCCGUCAUCCUCUUCAUGACACGCCUUGCAGCAACAAAUCUACAUACGCUGGUGUUUCAGCCAGACGGACAACCUUCUGGUGUCGCAACCUUCUUCGAUUACCUCAUACCUAUCAUCGUUGAGAAGCUCGGAAAGUCGCUGAAAUCAUUUGAUCUUCAUAUCAAUGAACCUAGGCCUCGUGCCCGGGAUAGCGAGCUCAUCAAGAGUAUUUUGCAGGGGCUUGAACCUCUUGUGGAGGCAGGCUUGCAAUCACUGCGCUUGUUUUUGCAAGUAGAGUCCACGAUGUCAAUGCAAUUUCCUCCGGAAGUGCAGUCCAUGCUUGAGCCCUGCGCUUGGCCUUCUUUGAAACGAUUUCAUUUUGCGACAAAGGCGACCACGUGGGAAUAG